AUGAACGAUGAUCAACUUUUAAAUUUAUCGAAAUGGAAAUAUUUGUUGAUUUUAGUAUUUUCACUUUCAGUGAGUUAUAUUAUCAAAGAGAAUUUAAAGCUGAAGAGAAGUUUUGAUGAAAACUUUGGUUAUGAAGAAAACAGUUAUAAUCAGGCGACAGUCCGAUUCGACCAAGAGCCAGAAAAAGAGGAGCAAGAGAUAGAAGAAAAGCUCACGUUAAAAACAGAACCGAAAUCAGAAGAAAACAAGAAAGAAGAAAAAGCAGAAAACUGCGAUCGAGAUGUUCGUCUCGGAAAAAAGGGCGAAUUCGGCGUCUUCCCGUUUAUUUCUUUUCCCGGCAGCGGGAACACCUGGACGAGACUGUUGCUCGAAGAUGUAACUGGCAUUUAUACAGGAAGCAUCUAUACCGAUAAAUCGCUGAAAAACGGCGGUUUCUUGGGCGAAUUCACCGAACCGAAAGAUGGAGAAACCCUUUUCCAAAAAUCGCAUAUUCUCAACAAGCAAAUUUUCCCCGCCGCCGAAGGAGUCCUGUUUCUCAUCAGAAACCCGUACGACGCUGCUGUUGCUGAGUGGAAACGAGUAAAAGGGCAUGGGCAUACUUCGGUAGUAAGCGAAGAAAUUUUCAAUCCGAAAAAUCAAGAAUGGAGGAAAAGGUCGGAAUUGUAUUUGAAGAAGUGGCUUCAAUUGUUGGAGGGAACGAUGAAGAAGCAUACAGAGGAGAAAAAGAUCCCAAUUCACGUCUUCUACUAUGAAGAUCUAAAGAAAAACGCAACUUUCGAAAUGGAAAAAGUCCUCGAUUUCGUCGAGGAAAAAGAUUAUUACACUGUUCAAGAUCGUACCAGGCGCAUUGCUUGCCUAAAAUCGCUGAUGGAGCAGAGCGAAAAAUUCCACCGCCCAAAAGCGCCGCCUUCUUUUGAAUACUUCGGCGAAAAUGCAAUUCGAAUUGGAAAUGAAAAUAUUCGAAAAGCGCAUAGUCAAAAUCUUGAAAAGGAGAUAGAGUCGGCCCAAGAGAAGCUCUUCUCGCAUCCGAUUUACGAAAGCAUCAAUAGUGUUAAAGCCGUGCAGAACUUUAUGAGACUGCAUGUUUUCUCCGUUUGGGAUUUCAUGAGCCUCUUGAAGCGACUACAGCGGGAUUUGACCUGCACCCAAACGCCAUGGACACCACCAAAGAAUCGCCCAGUGGCUUACAUCAUCAACCAGAUUGUGCUCGGCGAGGAAUCUGAUGACUUCGGUACCGGUGAAGUAUCUAAUGCAAUGUCCCACUUUGAGCUUUACAUGAAAGCAAUGGUCGAAAACAAGGCAGUUAAAAUCACUUUGAAAGACCCGAUCGAGAUCACCAAGCUCGUUUCAAUGAUUGAGGAAGGAAUGCAUUACGAAGAUGCUCUGAAAUCACAUGAGCGCAUUUUUGGCGAAAUAAUCCCAGCUGCAGUUUAUGAUUAUGUCCGCGAUACGCUUAGGACCGUCGAAAAAGGAAGCACCCACGAAGUCAUGGCAUCCUUCCUGUUCGGCCGAGAAGAACCGAUUCCAAAGAUGUUCCAGUCAAUCAUCGACAACAAGAUCUUCUCCGACGAUAAAACACUCGAGUGCUUCCGACUCUACCUGCAAAGACAUAUUGAUGUUGACGGAGACGACCAUGGCCCCCUCGCUUUUGCUGCUCUCAGUGAAAUCUGCGGCACUGAUGAGAAAAAGUGGGAAGAAGCAACCGCUGCUGCGAAAAAUGCAAUCAAGAUGAGACUCAACUUUUGGACGGGAAUUCUUGAAACUUGUUGA